UUCUUUAAAGAUGAAGGUUAAAUUGCUUUGAUUAAUAAUAAAACUUAAACUAUUCCUGACUGUGCCUCUGAACAAGGAAAUAACUCCUAAUUCUUUCAGACAUUUCUUGCUGUCGUGACUUCAGGGUAUGAUCAUGUUACCUGACAAAGAGAAAGGGUGUUUGCAUGUUUCAUUAGCAGAAAUCACUUAGAGAAACAACUGAGCAAGGACUUGCUUCUGAAAAUGUUAUUUAGGUUUCCAAGUAAUUUAGAUGCAUUUUCAACUUUUAGUAGCCAGGUUGUCCACUUAUCUCAUGAUCUGUGGAUCACUUUUAAUUCUCAGGGAUAUACAUGCAUGUCUCCAAGGGGUUCAUUCACAUUUAACACUGGAUGUAACAGUAAAUUUAAAUUCCACACCUACCUCUCUCUCCUUGCUUUUUCCAGAAUUUAUCAGCUAAAAUUGUUCACUUACCACUCAAAGGAUUACAUUUUCAUAGAAAGAGUUUCAUAUCUGGAUUUUACUGAUGCAAGAUCAUCUGAGUCAUCUGACUAUAAUUGCCAUCUGUGCAUCUUUUCAUGUUCUUAUUGAGAUAUUUAGAAAGCCAAAAAAAAUUAUGUGACUAGCCUAGCAGCUGAAUCAUAUUUUAUGGUGAAUAUCAAUGCUGGCACAGGAAAUGCAAGAUACUAACUCAGAUCUUUUCGAAUGAUUGAAGAAGGAAGAGGAUUUGUAAACAGUUUGCAUUGUAAUAAUGGAAUCUUUAUCCAGGCAUUACUGUAAUUUAAUAAUAAUAAUUUUAGAUCAGAUUAAAGUUUGGGGUUUUGAAGAAUUUUCUAUUUGUUUUUGUUUUCAAGAACGUUCCCUUUAUGUAAAUUACACAUUUUGCAGAAAUUGUCAUAAUGUCUUAAUUUUCAUGUCUCAUAAUUAUUAUUAUAUCCCAUAUAUGUUAUGCAUUGUGUUAUGAAAAAUACAUACAUAUUUUCAAAUACAAAGCUUAAACAAUUUGUAGUAAUUGAAGUAUAAACUGAAAUUGUUUUAGUUGCUGAGCCACAUUUAAGAAAAAAAAAACAUAAUAAACUUGCUAACAUUAGAAAUUCUGAUUUUUUUAAUAGGACAGCAUGAUAUAUUUUCACUGUAUGGCAGUGCCCCCAUAUCCUGGAAACAUUGCAGUCUUAUUGGCCGAAAUUAACAACAAUUUUAUUUGGCAUUGACAACUAUAAGGUCUCUGAACAAAAUGAAUUUCAUUACAAGGCUUUCUGCUUUAUGUCUGAGGAAAAGCAAGAUGCAACACAGGCACCAAAGUAAUAGACGACCAGCUGCUCCACUUGGAUCACGGAUUUUAACUGAUCCUUCUAAGGUCUUUGAGCAUAACAUGUGGGACCACAUGCAAUGGUCACAAGAAGAAGAGGAGAGUGCCAAGAAAAAAGCAGCAGAGAACUCGCUUGUGAAAGUUCAAUGGGAAGACCAAGAUAAAUAUGAGAGAGAAGCCAGUAAAUAUUGGAAUGAAUUUUACAAGACCCAUAAAAAUAACUUUUUCAAGGAUCGUAAUUGGCUAUUUCUGGAAUUUCCAGAAAUUCUUCCAGAAGAAAAGAGACAAGAAUUGCGAAGAGAAGAAAGAUCUUCAGAACACAGAAAAAUAAAUAGUACUAACAGUUUUUCACACAAAAAUGAAAUGUUUGAUGAAGGAGAAAAAUACUGGAAGAAAAAUUAUCAAGGUGGUUCUACUGCUCUACAAGGACGUGUAUAUAAUAAAAACCAAGCAGAAACACUUAGUGAAAAUCCUCAGGGUAAAAAUUGUGGAGAAGAACUUGACAGGCUAGAAUCUUUCCCUGGAAGUGAUGCCACUUAUAGAAUAUUAGAGGUUGGUUGUGGAGCUGGAAACAGCGUCUUUCCUAUUUUGGAAGUUCUAUGCAAUACACCUGGAACCUUUCUAUACUGUUGUGAUUUUGCUUCAGGAGCAGUGGAGCUGGUAAAGUCACAUUCGUCCUACAAUUCAGCCUGGUGUUCUGCCUUUGUUCAUGAUGUGUGUGAUGACGCUUUACCCUAUCCUUUUCCAGAUGAGAUCCUGGAUGUCAUUCUCCUUGUCUUUGUGCUCUCUACUAUUCAUCCUGACAGAGAUGAGCACAAGUUGUGCAAAGCCAGGGUCCAGAUUCCAGAAACAAUUCAAGCAGUAGACUUCAGAUCUCUGUGACUGCCAUGAUGCUGCCAGGAAGAUAUUGGAAAAUAGUGUUUCAUUCAUUAAAUCAAUCACUUUGCCUGUCGAAGCAGUAUUCUGCUUAUUUCUGUGUGUCUUUUCCUAUUAGUCUUUUAAGAAUGUGUUUGAGUUUUUUUGUGGUUUGUUGGUUGUGGUUUUUCUCUCAGGGCUGACAUGGAUGCUUUUUUGUGCAUAUGUGUGUAUACACACAUAAAAAUUUCUGUGUAAUUAUCUGUGUUGUGAGACCCACUUUCCAAAGCUGUGUUAGUCAUUACUGCCAUCUCGUAGAAUUAAAAUGACUGCAUAAAGGAAAAUGUGAUCCAGAUUCAUCUUGCUCAGUAUAUAUUUUUUCUGGAAACUUUGAAAGUGAGAAAUGAAAAAGAAAACCAAGGGAACUGUGAUGCAGAACUUAUAUACUUGGGAAAGAUGGAAAAUAUAUGUGAGAGGAACACAUUUAUAUUCAGAAAAUUCUUACUUAGUGAUUUCUCUUCAGGCUGUUGUGCUAAGUUUUUGAUAAUUGCUACUCUUGUAGUAAAUUUUUAACACACUUCAGUUCUGCUAGAAGGCACCUCUAAGAUUUGGUUGCAGAAUUGGAAGAUAUUAAACUUUCUUCAAGCUAUAUAAUUGAUGUCUUCUAGUUCUGCUGGAUGAGAUUUCUCAAAGCACUUUUACUUUUUAUGCAUAUACAUUUUUUCCUUUGUGCACAAAACUUAAGUUUAUAUAGGUGAAGUCUGUAAUUCUGGGCACAACUACCCGUCUUGAAGUGUCUCUUAUUCUUAGGUGGUGCUGCCUUUUCUGUCUGUGGCAGCACACUUGGUUGCUUAUGUUUGCAAAUAUCACCAGUAUCCC